AGAAGCCGCGAUGGAGGCGGAGACGUGGACCGACAGCAUCAACCAGGCCAAUAAGAUGGCCCUCCUGGCCUGGGCAAAAGAAACUGGCAUCCAGCUGGUGCAGAUCAACGGGCAGAGGAGAUACGGUGGCCCCCCCCCAGACUGGGUGGGCGACCCCCCGCCGGCCGGCACGGAGGUGUUCAUCGGGAAGCUGCCGCAGGACGUGUACGAGAACGUGCUGAUCCCGCUCUUCCAGAGCGUGGGCAGGCUCUACGAGUUCCGCCUGAUGAUGACCUUCAGCGGCCUCAACCGCGGCUUCGCCUACGCCAAGUACGGCGACCGGCGCGGCGCCCGCGAGGCCAUCGCGGCCUUCCACAACUUCCCGCUGCGGGAGGGCUGCCCCAUCGUGGUCUGCAGGAGCACCGAGAAGUGCGAGCUGAGCCUGGGCGGCCUGGACGCCUCGCUGGGCGCGCAGGAGCUGGAGGCCACGCUGCGCAGGGUCACCCCGGGGGUCCUCAGCGUCACCCUGCGCGCCAGCCCCGGCCAGAAGCAGGGCCAGGUGGCUCUGCUGAAGUACAGCUCGCACCAGGCUGCGGCCAUGGCCAAGAAGACCCUGAUGGAAGGGAACACGAGGCUCAGUGGGGCACAGCUGAAGGUGGACUGGCUGAGCCACGACCUGAAGCAGAAGCUGCAGUCCUGCCAGGAGAAGCCAUCGUCCAGCCGGGCGCAAGGGGGCAGGCACCUGGGGGUCCCCAAGCAGGCACCCCUGUCCCCUGUGCUGCACAACGCCGUGGACCACCUCAACACCCUGUGCAGGAGGCGGUGCCUGGGCACCCCCCUGUUCCUCACCAAGUGCAUCCAGGCCACCCCCAACGGGUGGCUGCGUUUCUGGUGCCAGGUGGUGAUCCCAGGGUGCCCCGUGCCCUUCAGUGGGUUUGCUUGGGUCCAGCAGGAUGGGCCAGGCAGGAGUGGGCACGAGGAGGCCAAGGUGGUGGUGGCACUGCAGGUUCUCCGGGUGCUGGGGGGCCAGCAGACGUAG